UCAUGACCUGCGUUCAUUCCUGUACUGUAGUACCGCUGUGACGCGCGCUGUGUGAAGCGCAUUUCUCCGUCGCUCGCGAGAGGAGCUCAGUAUUAUCAUGUACCAGACCGCUGUGCUGCACUGAAAUACUGUCGGAUAUUUUUUCAAACAGCGGGCUCAUUCUCUUAUUUACAGAAUAGACGUGAUUACGGGAGACGAUGCCUGAAGAAAAAGCAUUUCACCAGCAGGCUGUUCACAGUUCCCUGGAACAGCAGAAGGGACAGCGGCAGAGCGGCCCCAUCCCGUGUCAAAACUGUGGCAAGCCCUGCAAAGGCGAGGUGCUCCGGGUGCAGAACAAACACUUCCACAUCAAGUGCUUUGUCUGCAAAGUUUGUGGAUGUGACUUGGCUCAGGGAGGAUUUUUUGUGCGUCAGGGGGAUUAUAUCUGCACUCUGGAUUAUCAGCGACUCUAUGGCACCCGCUGCUUCAGUUGUGAAGAGUUCAUUGAAGGGGAAGUUGUGUCCGCCUUGGGCAAGACAUACCAUCCACGCUGCUUUGUCUGUGCCAUCUGCAAGCAGCCGUUUCCAGCUGGGGGCCGCGUGACGUUUAAUGGGAAGGAGUGUGUUUGUGAGAAAUGCACUCAGCCAGUCAACAGCAUGGCACCCCCACAGGCUGUGCACAAUUGCUGUGGCUGUGGAAAGGAGUUUAAAAAUGAGCAGUCUCUGGUGGCGUUGGACAAGCACUGGCAUCUUGGCUGCUUCAAGUGCAAAGUGUGCAAUAAAGUGCUAAAUGCAGAAUAUAUCAGCAUGGACGGGAUCCCCUACUGUGAGGCAGACUACCAUGCCAUGUUCGGCAUCCAGUGUGACACCUGCAAGAAAUACAUCACUGGGAAAGUACUUGAGGCUGGAGAAAAACACUAUCAUCCCACAUGUGCCAGAUGUGCACGUUGUGACCAGAUGUUUGGGGAGGGGGAGGAGAUGUACCUGCAAGGUUCUUCCAUUUGGCAUCCUCCUUGCAGACAGGCAGCGCGUAUGGAGGAGAAGAGUAAGGUGAGGAGAACCUCCUCUGAGAGCAUCACCUCUGCUCCUGCCUCCAGUGCAUCGGGCUCCCCUAGCAGAGUUAUCUAUGCAAAGCUGGGUGAUGAACUUCUGGACUACAAGGACCUGGCUGCUCUUCCUAAAAUCAAAGCGAUCUACAACAUUGACAGACCUGACAUGCUCUCAUACUCGCCCUAUGUUAGCUACCCUGUGGAGGAUAGGACUUUUGGAGAGUCACCACAGCAACUCACCCCUACUCCAACUGAGGGAGAUGGGGAAAAGUCUCCCCGGCAGAGGAGGCCCUCAAGCCCCAGCUCCAAUAGCUCUGUAGGGGGUUAUGGCCGCUAUACGCCUUCCCGCUCACCUCAGACCUACAGCAGACCAGAGCAAUAUCUGAGUGUCAAAUACACCACUCAUCCAGAAAAUGCCAACUUGUUGGCUGUUCCAACUUUGGGGAGGAGUAGUGUCCAUGGUAGUGCCAGAGGCUCCUCCCCACUACCUUUGUACAGCGGCAGUGGUAGAAACACACCACAGGCAGGGAGCGGUGGCGUGGCCCUGCCCCUCAACCCCACUACUCUGGCUUUGCUCCAACAGCACAACUACAUCCCUUACUUCAGAGGUAGUGAAAGUGGUCGGAGUACCCCCAGUCUCUCCACCUACUCUGAUGGCAAAUCUCCUUCCUCAACAUACGUGGCAGCCCCACGACAUUUCCAUAUCCCAGAGACUAAAGUCAAAGAUAAUAUCUAUAGAAAGCCCCCUAUCUACAAACAGCAUGCUUCCAGAACCUCCUGGCAAGAUGGUGAUGACGUAGACAGAAAGACCAGAACAAGUUGGAUGAAUCUGAAGAGUGAGAUGGAUAGACAGUCUCCAGAUCUGGACCCCAGGACCUCCACCCACAGCUUACCCACCGAUAUUUCUCAACCCAACUUUCCAUACAAUAAGUCUGCUUCGCUGCCAGGAUAUGGGCGGAAUGGCAUAUACAAGGCGGCUGAUCUUGGCGAGGAUGAGGGCGAUCAUGACUCAUCCUGGAGUGGAAUGAGAGAGUACAAGGUCUACCCCUAUGACAUGCUUGCUGUGACCCACAGAGUCAGAGUAAAACUACCACGGGAUGUCGACCGCACCAGACUGGAGAGGCACCUGUCACCUGAGGACUUCUACAACGUGUUUGGGAUGACCAUUGAACAGUUUGACCGUUUGGCCUUGUGGAAGAAAAAUGACCUUAAGAAGAAAGCCCGCUUGUUUUAAGUUACGCUGAAUCGCUUGAAGGAAAGCAAAGAUAAAGAGAAAACCUCUUCUCAUCCGUCCUGUGUGCAUGGAGGGAUGAGUGUGAGAGAAAUAUAUAUGCACCUCCGUUCUGCUGCAUAGCUACUGUCAUCCCAUCUCACGCUGAGGAAGAGGGAGCGCUUUCACAUCGCUGUUUGCCACCUAGCUCCGUUCAUGAAUGCCACACCACAUGGUCUGAAUGUUACUCUGAUGAUGGAGAGUCAGAACUGAAUUCUUUACUGCUCUCCUAGUUUUUCUCUUUGAUUGUCUUUGAUCUUGCUCCCUCGGCUGUCUUUGUGAUUACUGCGUUGUAUUCUCUCUUUGUGGAAAAAACACUCAAUAUUGAUAUAAGCCACUUUCUUUACAUUUUAUACCGUUGAUAAACAUGGCCAACCAGCUCUACUUGUGAGUCUUUUUGUUAUGUAAUAAUAUCAAUCUUCCCCUCUCCCCUUGUCUUUAUUUUUGACUGCAAUGAAUGUUGUCCAACGUUUACGUCUUGUCCUCGUCUACUCAUAUUGUUUGCUCAGUGUCUUUCUCUCGCUUUUUUCUCUUGCUGCCUGUUCCUCUUCUUACCUCCUAGACAUGAUACUCAGCUGCUGCUUGGACUGUAAUAUCUAUUAUGUAAUAUCAGCUUUAUGGAAUCUCAUCCAUCCAUGGCUUCAGCAUGACCGGGCCAAAGACUCAAUCGGAGCAAGAAGUCAACAAAGCACCUUACACACGACCUAACCAGACGCGACGCAAUAAAACAAGAAAAAAACUCUUCCAUAUAAUUUUUUGUCCUAGCCAGCCUCGAUUGUGAGAAGCAAAGAGCAACAGGACACUUUCUCAGUCGCUUGGUUUCUAUUUCCACGAAAUCAUGCUGGGUAGCCCCGCCCACUGUGAAAUCUCAUUGGUUCUUCAGAACUGUGCAUUAAACAUCAAAUAUCUUCUCAUUGGCUGUGAUUUUGUCACAUCACUCAUCAGUUUUCGAACUUGGCGUAUCGCACCUGGUUAGGACACAGUGUUAGUGGAUAUGUUUAAUAAUCUUUACUGUUGCUGAAUGACUGUGAGUGAAAAAUGCAGAGCUUUUGUGUUAUAUUAUGUAUUUGUUUGCUUUUCCAGGUCAGUGUGCAAUUCAUCAGAUGUCAUGAUAUCACAGUUAUUCAAUAAGACAUUUAGAGUUGUUCUAAACUGAUAUCUGGACUUCACAUACAGUACUCUCGCCAUAUAUAUUGUGCACAGAACAUAAUAUGGUCGUAAACUUUAUCACGCGCAUCAGCCAGACAUUCUCAUUGUUUUAAUCCACACAAAUGAAAGUGCUCAUGGCAGAGUAGACCCUUAUUUUUGUAUGCAAUUCUUUUUUCAUACAGAUGUUUGCCAGAUACUUUACUUUCCAUUUGCAAAUAAUUGCAACAUUCACUUUAGCAUGGAGCCAUGCCAAAGUUAACAGAUUCUGUAGCAAUUAGCAAAACUAAUACAACACAACACUUGAUAAAGCAUGCAGUUCAGUGGCGCUUCGUUUAAAACCCAAAUAUGAUUGUUUUUCUUUUUUUGAUUGUUAAUAAAUGUGUGUGCAGUAUAUUGAUAUAAAUGUCCACUUAUCAUGUCACCCUGUAGACAUGCACUGCAUUUACUAGAAGCAUCAUGUAAUGGCUUCAUAUCAGACUUUUAUGAGUAAUCAUGACGUGUUGUUUGAUUUGAGAUCUUAAAGUUAUUGAGAGUUUGUUUUGUUUCUUCAGAAACAUUCUUAAGUUGUACCAUGUCUAUUCUAGAUAUAUGAACUUGGUUCUUUUUCUUAUGCCAAUGACUCAAAUUUGCAAAAAAGAAGAAAGAAGGGUAUUUUGUCCUUUAAUUUUAUGAAUACAUUACAUGAAGAUGACAGAAAUCUGGAACUGUUAGAAACACCACCACAUUUAGUAAACUAAGUUCUGAGUCUGCCUAAUGAUAACAUGUGUAACCAUGUGUAACGUGCCUAUAUCUUGUACAAUAUCAAGGCAACAGUGGAUUUUUU